AUGCACAGUUACGAAGAACGACAUCAGUUGUUGUAUGGUCGUACUGCUCAGAGCCAGGCUCCCGCCGAUUAUAAUCCACCAUCAGAUAAAGAUGAGGAUGAUGAUAUUGAAAAGAGAUUCUUUUUAAAGAAUAUUCCUGGUAGACACAAAGUUGAACGCUUUGGUCGUAACGUAGUUCAGGCUAUCCUAAAAUCCAAUCCCACUAAAUUUAAAGAUGUUAGUGCAAACUGGAUAAUCUAUAGAGAGUUAGGUAAUCUUAGGUUUUUUGAGGGAGUCUUAGCGACUCGGAACGGCUCGUAUCUAAACAGUUUCACCCAUGACCAUCCUUUUAAGUUUGUCGACUUUCAGACAGACUUGGAGUCAUCCGGAAACAACUUGAACCACAUCUUUUUGUUGAAAGACAAGGUCCCCUUCGUUCUACUUCCCGUUAAAAAGACGUCAACAGAACUUAAGUCAACUGACACCGGGAUAGAAAUUACUGUCACCGUUUGCAGGGUACCUUUUCCACAUAACAUCCUCAGCAUCUUUAUCAUCCUCAGCAUCUUUAUCAUCUUCAGCAUCGUUAUCACCCUCAGCAUCUUUGUCAUCCUCAGCAUCGUUAUCACCCUCAGCAUCUUUGUCAUCUUCAGCAUCUUUAUCACCCACCGCAUCUUUGUCAUCCUCAGCAUCUUUAUCGCCCUCAGCAUCUUUAUCGCCCUCAGCAUCUUUAUCAUCCUCACAUGUGCUCUCAUCUUUCUGUGGCAAGCUUUGCUUAUGCUCAUGCGGUUUAAAUCCCAUAGCAAACAACUUCUCUUUUUCCUUCUGGCUAAGAGAAUGACACUCUACAUUCUCUGCAGCAAUAUGGUCAUCAGUCAUCAAGCCGAUUACAGUGUCUUUUUUGCGCAUCUUGAGAAUGUGCAUUCCAUUUACAAGUACAUUCUCGGAAUAUUCCAAGUACUUGUUAAGUUUUUUCCAUAUCACCUUGGAUUUAUCUGUUGGUCCUUCUACUGGUACUUCUUCUUCUACUUCGAUCUCCUCAUUGAAUAG